AUGACGGAACCUGUGGUUAUCCAGACACCACCGGUCCUUGCGGGACAUGUGCUUUCAGAGAAGGAGAAGAAGUAUGACCGCCAACUCCGUCUAUGGGCGGCAAGCGGUCAAGCUGCUCUGGAGUCGGCAAACAUCCUGCUUUUCAACACAGGCUCCGGGACUGUCGGCGUGGAGGCCCUCAAGAAUCUAGUGCUGCCGGGAAUCGGCCGGUUUGCAAUUAUUGACGAUGCCACGGUGCAAGAGGCUGACCUAGGUGUCAACUUCUUCCUUGAUGAGAAUUCUCUGGGCAGGUCAAGGGCACAGUCUUGUACAGAGCUCCUUCUCGAGCUGAACCCAGAGGUCCAUGGGGAAUGGUUCCCAAAGAACCAAGAGCCGUUGGAACUGGACAAGAUCCUCGCAGCAUCGCCUACUUUCACCAUGAUCAUGUAUACUUUGCCAAUCAGCCCAGAGCACUUGACGGUGCUUCAAAGCUACGGAAGCAAACAUCUCACGCCGUUGGUUGCCAUUCAUUCGACAGGAUUAUACUCCUACUUUCGCGCGAGCCUCCCAGGCACAUUCCCUAUCGUCGAUACUCAUCCGGACGAGGCAUCCACUACUGACCUACGACUGCUCUCCCCGUGGACUGAGUUGCGUGAAUUCGCUGCCCAGAUGACGAAGGAUUUGGACGCCAUGGACAACCAUGAGCACGGCCACAUACCGUAUGUGGUCAUCCUACUGCACUAUCUCGAACAGUGGAAGGACGCCCACGGCGAAUACCCAAAGAAUUACGCCGAAAAGACCGAAUUCCGGAAGACGGUAGCGGAUGGAGCCAGGAGGGACAACCCGGAAGGUGGCGAGGAAAACUUCGACGAGGCGGUGGCGGCCGUCGUGAAGACAAUAGUGCCCUCUAGUCUCCCGUCGAGCCUGAAGGAGGUGUUCGAUUACAUCCACACUCAACCAAUCGAGCAAAGGUCGAGCUUCUGGAUCAUCGCCGACGCGGUGAGUCAGUUCUACAAGAAGCACAACUGUUUGCCACUGCCGGGGAAUGUACCGGACAUGAAGGCGCAGUCCAAGGUCUACAUCCAACUUCAGAGCAUCUACAAGGCCAAGGCUCGGCAAGACGUGGCUGAGGUCCUGGGCACGGUUAGACAGAGUCCAGGUGGCGAAGACGUUGAUCCUGGAGAGGUUGAGCUUUUCUGCAAGAAUGCAGCCUUUGUCAAGCUCGUCAAUUCCGGAGCCACUGGCGCUGAUCGUCUCGCCAAAGUCGCCAAGGAGGAACUGGACAACGACGUGAACAUGGAGGCCAUGAUGAUGCCUUUGUCCUUGAUACCGAUAUAUCUGGCACUCCGUGCGACGUCACACAAUGCUCAAGCGUCAUCAGAAGAGAUUUUGAAGAAUAUUGGAGACACUAUCCCAGACGCCGGUCAAAACGAACGACUUGUCAAGAUAUCCAAAGAAGUGGCUCGCGCUGGCGGCGGAGAGCUUCACAACACAUCCGCUCUCACAGGGGGAAUGGUGGCCCAAGAGGUCAUCAAAAUCAUUACGAAGCAAUACAUACCAGUCGACAAUACCUACACCAGCGGGCUCGAAGAAUCCAAAACCGGAAUGGAUCACUUGGCCAAAGAGAUGACGAACUUGUCGGGCCGCAAGUCCUAG